AUGGCCUCCGCCGCCUCCCGCCCUGCUCCGCGCGCCGGAACCGGAACGCGGCGCUGGGGGCGGUGCGGCCUCGUCCCGUCCGCUCCCGGCCGGGGCCAGCCCGGCAGCCCCGCGGUGCCCCGUCCCAGGGGCAGGGCUGCGCGACCCCCGCCCGCCGUGUCAUGCCCCUGCCCGCCCCAACGUCCUGCCGCUCUCUCCGCCGCCACGGCGCGGGGCAACCGCCCCGGGGCCCGGCCCCCCUCAGCCCCCGCCUCCGGGAGGAGCCAGCGCCGGGCCCCGGGGCCGCGCCGCCGGCUCGGCGGGGCCGGCAGUGAGCGGGCGGCGGGUGCCACCGCCGCCGCCAUGAAGAGCCCCCGUGAGGCCGGGGAGCCGCCGCCAGUUGACUGCAUCCAGCUGAAAGUGCCAGUGAUUCAGCAGCUGUACCACUGGGACUGCGGGCUGGCCUGCUCCAGGAUGGUGCUUCAGUACCUGAAUCAUUUGGACAAUGAUGAGUUUCAGAAAGCCAUCCAGGAACUCCAGUUAACAAAGAGUAUCUGGACUAUUGACCUGGCCUACCUAAUGCGGCACUUCGGAGUUAAGCAUAAAUUUUGCACCCAGACACUUGGAGUGGACAAGGGCUACAAAAAUCAGUCAUUUUACAGGAAGCACUUUGACACAGAAGAGAAUCGAGUGAAUCAGCUCUUUGCACAAGCCAAAGACAGCAAGGUGCUGGUGGAAAAAUGCACAGUAACUGUUCAAGACAUCCAAAACCACCUGUCCCAGGGUCACAUAGCCAUCGUCCUUGUGAACGCAGUCCUUUUACUGUGUGAUCUUUGCUCAAGUCCUGUCAAAUACUGCUGCUUCCUUCCCAUCGGACAGAAGUGCUUCUGCAGGAGCCCUGACUACCAGGGCCACUUCAUUGUGUUAUGUGGCUACAACAAAGCCUCAGGGAGUAUUUACUACAACAACCCUGCCUAUGCUGACCGAACAUGCUGCACCAGCAUCAGUAACUUCGAGGAAGCCAGGACAAGUUACGGCACUGAUGAAGAUAUUCUGUUCAUCUACACAGACAGCUGACACCCACAGAGGACACUCCUGCUCCUUCCUGCCCAGCCUGCACGGCAGCUGGCUGCUCGUCUCAGGACUCCCCUGCACACACCUCGCUCCUGCACUGCAGUGGGACUUUCAACAAGGGAGGCUUUAUAGACAUUGACAGGACAUAUUGCAAUGCUGUCUUUAUCCUUUUUUUUCCUGAUGAUAUAUCUGAUUUUGAAAUGUUCGUCUCUGKUUUUUUGUUUGCUGGGUUGUUUGUUUUUUUUCCUAAUUUUCCACAUUGCACAUUUGACAGCAGUUCUAAAAUACAGGCCCAGAGCUUGUUCACUUUCAGCUUAUUUUCAAAUUAAAGACGUAAGAAAAAAGCACCAAAUUUAUGAACUUUAACACUUGGUAAGAUAUGCACAGGUUUAGAUAAACAAAGAAAAAGAUAAAAAAUACCUGUUUCUCUCUCUCUGUCAAAGUAUCUGCUGCUCUUCCAUCCUAAAUCUAUGGAUUUGAAGUUCAGCAGGGUGUUACAAAAGGAAAAAAAAAAUUAAACCACUUUUAAAUAGCAAAAUAAAAGCCUUGCUGGCUCAUUAAUAUUGUCUACAAUGUAGGAAACUUCCCAUGUACCAAAUUCACAGAGAUUUAGCAUUUAAGCAACUGCAGUACUGGAAUUGUUCCCUUGCACYACAAACUCAGUCUCUUUUGACUAAAUCUCUUGGAUGACUGUGCAGAGCUCCGCAUUGCUCCAGAAGUUUAAGCGAAAAGAUUUUAUUUGCACUUAGAAGUUUUUAUUGCUCUUUGCAAAAAGCUCUGAAUGUUAUGCCACCCACAUGUGCCAGUUUCUGCAGAAUCUGUUCUGAGGAUGAACUUUAAAACUUCUCAAGCAAAUGCAGAAAAUUAUCAUCCACACUAAUGGUAUAUAUUUUSUGUGUAAAGUGUAAAUAUCUGACAGCAUCUACUGCAUUGUAACUAAAAUGCUGAAUCAUAAUUUGAGCCAAAUUUUGCUGUUGGUAUUAGUUCAAUGACCUUCUAASAAGAGCUUACACCAAUUAAGAGGAAAUACAAACAUUUCUGCUGUAAGUAAGAGGGCAGGAUUUUAGAUUUUUUCUAGCUCUUAUACUACAGUUGUAUUUGGAUUAAGCUGUUGCUGUAUUCAGACAUUAAGUGAAAUUGGUAGCAGCCCAUUCAUAAUCCUUUCCUCUCUUACCUGAGGAGCACWCUGAAAUGUAAGAAAAAGCCACUUAGUUCAGCUUCAUUCAUCACAAGUUCCUCUAAGUCUCAAUCUUCAGUCCUGCCUAUAUGAAGGYGAGUAGGAAAAUCAGCACUGAUGUAAAACUAGGAAAAUUUGCACGUAAGAUAGAGAUCCCACACCUCUGGCAUGGUUUUAGGAAAAGAACUGUUCAGGUUCUGGAACUGUGUGGAAUAACAGUAAAAAGGAUAUUGUUAUUUAUUGCUGGAUAUCAAAAAUAGGAAUAAACUUUCUGCAUAGAAAGUUUUUUUACCAAGAURAACAUUUUCUUUUAUUCAGUUAUUAACUGAAAAGUAUCUAUACUCUGUUUACUAAGUAUUUAGCAAGAUCAAGAGCGCUCCUUUUUACUAAGGUGAGAAAUAGUAACAAACAUUUAAAAAUGCAGUAACCGUUAAAAAGUUCCAAACAAAAGUAUUUGAGAAAAAACUUUGUCAAAUUUUGCUUAUCACUGGUGACAUAAAUACAUUCUGGCAUUGAUAGUUGCAAAAUGACUAAGAGCUAGGAUGUGGUUUGUGUAGAACCAGUACACUGGUGUCACCAGCAGAACCUGUUAAGAAGAAAGGUAUAAAACCUAUUGUAGAUAAUGCCUUUCAACUCCUCCAAAAUAAGUAAACAGAAGACUUCUGAUCUGAGAAUUUUUAUGUUCAGGUCCAAAAUCACRAUGUUUGAUUUAGAGAGAUGUAUUAGCUGUUAAUAAUUAACAGGUAUGUAAGCUACAGGCUGUUAAGAGUAAUUCCUUAACUCAUGGAUUUUCAGGUAGGURGUUCACUCAAUACCAUUAAACUGCCACAGGAUUUAUCUUAGAGCAGGCUUGAUUAGUUAAAUAAAAACAAUUCUUACAAAAGGCUUGUAAUUGACAUUUAGCAUCUUACUGGUUCCRUUACCAAAAGUGAAUCCUGAGCUUAUAGGUAAAAUAUGAACUUAAGAGCAAACUAAGUGUUCUGAAGUGCACAGAUAGGUGUAACARUAUCGACUGGUAAAUGUUUGGUACCCAGAGUUUAAAUGCUUCAACAAAUGUGAAAGCUAAACAAAGCUGUCUAAGCUAGCGCAGACUAAGGGAGAAGAGGCCCACUACUAYAAUAGGAUCUCAUACAGCUGCCAAAUGGAGAACGAUGGGAGAUGAAAACACAAGGAAGAAACAAAAGCCAAGUGAAAAGACUGAGUAUAUGACACAAUUCAGCUGAAAAAGCAGCUCACUGCGCAAACAUUCAGAACAUCUGCAUUUUCUGAAACUUUGUCUCCCGUUACAAGAUGUCUAUCAAAACACUCAUUCUGAAAAUGUUCUGUUGCUUUGUUUCUGUCAGGAUGUCAAUAGUAAAGGAAGGGGAUUUUACAUGCAGGGAUUUUAUACAUAAAUAUAUUUUUAUUUGUAAUUAAGCCAUUCUCAAUAAAGGUUAAACUCACAGAUAACCCUGUAACAUAAUGUAGCAAGUGCAUUUAUUAACAAGCUUAUUAGGAAAAAUGUUCUUGAAAAUCUGAAACUGUAAUUUGGAAAAACAAAAACGAGUUCGAAUAUUUAUUACAGCCAUAAAUUCAUAGUUGCUGGGCUGUAAACUGUAUUCAGUCUGCAUUGCUUGAACACCUACUGCCAUCACCUAAAUCAUAUGAAGCAAUAUUUCAGGAUACAGUACUACCUGAGAAUGCAAAUGUAUCAUUAUUACCUUUAUUCCACAGCUGUUUUGUGUACUCUGCAACCACCACAUAUCCUACUGGAGUGCAGUCCCAGGGAAGGAGUUUUCCACACACAUCCUGUUCCCUAGAGCAGCUUUCUGUUCACAGUGUAAAGU